AAUACAUUUUAAAACCAAAAAUCAAAAUCCCUAGAGAGCAGAAGAAGAAGAAGAAGGAAAAUGUCGAGUAUUCUUUUCCUCGCUCUACAAUGUUGCGAAUGCUCAACGAUGCAGGUGAAGCAGAAGAAGAAAAGCAGCAACAACUGGGUCUGUGUCAUCUGCAAUCAGAAACAAUCCGUGCGGAAAGUGUUCGCUCAGGGCUACAAGGCCAAGGACCUUCGUCUCUUCGUACAGUCCUUCAACAUGUCUCGUAAAGUCGCCGACGAGGAGAAGCAGGAGGUCGCAGAUACGUUCUCGGAGGUUGAAGACGAUGAGGAGGCUGAGGAGAUUCGAGGUAAGAAGCGAUCUGGCUGGAGUGAAUAUCUCGAUUCCGAUCCACCUAAUGAACGGUGUAGAUUAACUGUAGAGGAACACGGCGAAGAAGAAGAAGAUCUGAAGAUUGUGACUGAGAUGCCUAAGGACAUGUUUAAAAGGCCCAAGCUGAACAACUACUCUAAGGCUGGUGGUGGAUCAUUAUCAGGUAAAAGAGACGAAGGUGGCCUCUCCCAGCCCUCCUUCUCCAGACGCAGCAUCAAAUGUCCAGAUCUUCGUUCAGAUGAUGUGAUGAAGAGGAACAAGGAUACAGAGCAAAGAAAUUUCAAACCAGAAAGAGUUACUAAGCCAACGUCGAAAUGGGACGCUUACUUGAUAGAUGACGAGGGAGAACACCAAGCAGCAAGAGGAGCUUUGAAGGAUGAUAGUGUUGGAGAAUGGGACAGAGGUGUUACGGAUGCAAGUUCAGAGUACCAGGUUGUAGAUGAUGAGGUACAUCCCGAUUUCAUGUAGAUUAGAGACAGUAUUAUGUUUAAGGACAAGGAGGUUGCAGAUUAGAGAAAAAGACUUGCUUGAGUUAAAUCAUUAGAUAAAGACUCAAAAAACAAGAACUACAUAAAGGUGCUAAAGAGUAGAAGUCUCAAAAGAAAAGAAACGAUAAGAGUUGAACUCAUAAACAAACUAAAGUUGCAAAAGAGAGAUUAAAGAGUUCCUAAAAGUUUUUUUGAAGUCUAAUAAAGCCAGAAUAAAUAAUGUCUUGAGUAAAUAA